AUGGCCUCGGGAUCAUGUUCACGUGUGGCAACCGCCGAUACUUCACUGCUUCUCCGGGUAGAAAUCCCAGCAGCAGGGUUUGACUUUUUGUUGAAGUUCCCGGUGAAGCCGGGUGCUCUUCUCUCCCGCGUGCAGUCGAACAUCGCAGAGACUUUGGACGAUCUUGCUCUGAGACUCGAGGGCGACCUCAUUGAAUCCGGCCACUGCAAUAAAGAUUUGUACCAGGCCGGUCAGUUUUGA